AUGGAUGGAAAAGAGGAUGGAGUUGCGGCCAUGGCAGCCACCUACCAAGGCUUUGACCCUGCGGCCUAUCUGCAGUACAACUACACUCCACCAGGGGCUGACUUUGAGAAUAAGGACAGCGUUUUGCUCUGGAAAAUGGGAUGCCUGCACAGAGCUUUCACUGAAGGUGAUGUGAGUGGUGAGCUGCUGGUGGACAUCGGGUCAGGUUCUACCCUGUACCAGGUUAUGAGUGGCUGUGAAAUUUUCAACAAAGUGAUCCUUACCGACUUCCUAGAGGUCAACCAACAGGAGCUGAAGCGCUGGCUCAGGAACGCAGAGGACAGCGCCCUGGACUGGACUCCAUUCCUGAAGCAUGCCUGCAUGCUGGAAGGCCGACAGCCCUCAGCGUGGACAGAGAAAGCUGCUCGGCUGCGUUCAGUUGUCUCGGACGUUCUCUAUGUUGAACGUGCACAGCCCUGGCCCCCCCACAGACUGGCCCAGGUGUGUGCCAGUCUGAAGAAGAUGGGCUUCACUCUGAUCAGGCUGGAGGUUUACACGCUGCCUCAGGACAUGCGGGUGGGGGUGGACGACGUUUCUGGCGUGUUUUUUGCAAAGGCAAUGAAGGAUUAAAGAGAGAGUUAAGUGGCAAAAUGUAAUAAUAGGAAAUUUAAGAUUUUACUAUCUUAUUUUAAACUUAAAUAAUCUGAAAUGAUUC